GUAGUUAGUUCAAAUACCUCAUUACUACUGGAACAGCCUAUGAGCAGGUGUCUUACAAAAUAUAUAUAAUAUAAGUACACCUGUGAGCCAAGUGAUUUGCUGAAAUUAAAUCAAUUGAUUGAGCAACACAAGCACAUACAAAAAUUUCGUCACCGGAGUGGCCUGACCUUGAGAAAUAAAAUAAAAAUAUGGCAACUGAUCGGCUGGAUGUUAUAAUAUUCGGUGCCACCGGAUUCACCGGCAAAUACACGGUUUACGAGGCGGUAUCCGUUCUGAAGGACCUGCGAUGGGGAAUUGCCGGGCGGAAUCGCGAGAAGCUGCAGUCGGUGCUCAAGGAGAUGGGCGCCAAGGCGAAGAAGGACUUGUCCCAGACGCCAAUCAUCAUUGCCGAUGUCAACGACGAGGCAUCGUUGCUGGAAAUGGCCAAAUCCUGUCGCAUCGUGGUCAACACAGCUGGUCCAUAUCGAUUCUACGGCGAGAAAGUUGUUCGCGCCUGCAUUGAAGCCGGCACUCAUCAUGUGGAUGUCAGUGGUGAACCACAGUACAUGGAAACGAUGCAGCUGAAGUACAAUGAACGUGCCAAGGAGCGCGGUGUGUAUAUAGUCAGUGCCUGCGGCUUUGACUCCAUUCCCGCCGACAUGGGCAUCGUUUUUGUGGAGAAGAACUUUGACGGUGUGGUGAAUUCGGUGGAGACGUUCCUGGUCAAUGGCGUCAAGGACUAUAAUGCGGAACAUGGCAGGGUGGGUCUCAAUUUUGGCACCUGGAACAGCGCUAUUCAUGGAUUGGCCCAUUCGGAUGAGCUGCGUGGCAUACGCCGGGAAUUGUACCCGGAACGCUUGCCCAAGUUCUUCCCCAUUUUGAAGCAUCGCCCGCUGAUGUUCAAGUCCUCAGAGAUAAAUAAGGUGUGUCUCCCAUUUCCGGGCUCAGAUCGUUCGGUGGCGAUGCGAUCGCAACGAUUCCUCUAUGAGCACGACAAGAAGCGUCCGGUUCAGAUGCAUGCCUACAUUGGAUUUCCCUCUUGGAUUGCCGCCAUCGCAGUUGCUCUCUUUGCCACAAUAUUUGGCCUAAUGGCAAAGUUUAAGUUUGGACGCAGCCUGCUACUCAAAUAUCCUGGCUUCUUUUCUGGUGGUUUUGUGUCCCGCGAAGGUCCCAGUGAAGCCCGAAUGGAGAAAACGUACUUUAAGAUGACCAUGAAGGCAACGGGUUGGCCCAACUCCCAGCGACUAGCCGAGGGAACGGAUCAGUACACAGAUCCACCAAGCAAAACUCUAAUGGUUCGAGUCAGCGGUCCAAAUCCUGGCUAUGGAUCCACAUGCGUUGCCCUGCUCUCCACAGCAGUUACCAUUCUACGAGAGAGCAACAAAAUGCCCAACACUGGAGGCGUACUCUCUCCCGGCGCUGCCUUUUCCAAGACCAGUCUUAUUAGUGAGCUAGAGAAGCACGAGCAUGGCAUGAAAUUUGAAAUUCUAGCCAACAAGUAAACAACACAAAGGUCAAUGUUAAACUUUUAUUGAACUAUAAUUAAAAAAUGUAGCUCUUAACCAUUAGUCAGCACAAAAUGUAUUUUUUUUAAUUACUAAUAAAUGAAGUACUAAUUAAAAUGUGGAGCAUUAUACAACA